GCUCGCCCGCGGGUUACUGGUUGUUGGUCGUUGAAGCUGUUCCAACGUCGGAAGAGCCGGUGGCUCCGCGGGUUUGGACUUCUUGUCCUGGAAGCUGUGCAUCACCGUAAUGAGGCUUGUAAUUCUUGAUAACUAUGACUUGGCUAGUGAAUGGGCAGCCAAAUACAUCUGUAAUCGCAUCAUUCAGUUCAAACCUGGACAGGACAGAUAUUUUACACUGGGUUUACCAACAGGAAGUACGCCUUUAGGAUGUUAUAAAAAACUAAUAGAAUAUCAUAAGAAUGGUGACCUUUCUUUUAAAUAUGUGAAGACCUUUAACAUGGAUGAAUAUGUAGGACUUCCAAGAAAUCAUCCUGAAAGCUACCAUUCUUAUAUGUGGAAUAACUUUUUUAAGCAUAUUGAUAUAGAUCCUAAUAAUGCUCAUAUCCUUGAUGGGAAUGCUGCAGAUUUAGAAGCAGAAUGUGAUGCAUUUGAAAAGAAAAUAAAAGAAGCUGGAGGAAUAGAUCUUUUUGUUGGAGGAAUUGGUCCGGAUGGUCAUAUCGCUUUCAAUGAGCCAGGAUCCAGUUUAGUGUCAAGGACAAGAUUAAAGACUCUAGCAAUGGACACCAUUUUGGCAAAUGCUAAAUAUUUUGAUGGAGAUUUAUCAAAAGUGCCAACAAUGGCUCUAACUGUUGGUGUUGGGACAGUGAUGGAUGCUAGAGAAGUAAGAAUUAAAUGUUCUUUGAUGUUUCCUCUUUGAUGUUUAUACACUUUGGAGGGAUUAUGAUGGUGAUAUUUUGGUUGUCUCCUAUUUGCAGUAUAAAUUGUUUUCCAGUUUUCGGUAACUUUUGUCAUGUUUAGGAAUGAACUAAAUUAAAUUUUUGGAUCUAUAAGAAUUAAGCACCAUUUUUUUUUAAGAAGUGUUUCACUUGCCUAUUCCUGCUUCACAGUUUCACGUUCUAAAAUCUCACUGACUAUAUGGUUUAUUUUAUGGAAAAAGUUUUGUGAAAGGACUGUUGGGAUAAAGAUGC